UAGUCCUGGUCCCCCAGCCUGUCUCCUUGUUGUCCUGAUGCUAUGUGUCCAGGCUUUGUGUGUUGUUUGAAGGGGUAAAGCUGUGCACUUGCUGAGGAGGAGUGGAGGAGGAUCAGGAGGAGGGUGUGUGAGGGAGUGGAGCUUGAGGUUUCAGGAUUUGGGAGAGCAUCUUCAACCGUAGAGAGAGAGAGAGAGAGAGAGGAAGAAGAUGCAAACAGCUCCAUACUGAUGCUGAGUCAGAGACAGGUGGAACUGUGGGCCUUUGUCUCUGGAGCCUCGAGUGAAGAUGGAGGAGCUGGAACACACCUGCCCUCAUCCUCGGACGAUUUUGACGAAACCUGCCAUCUUUGCCCAGGAGACGAGCUGUGAGUGUCGAGCGCCCCACGAGAAGCUGAACGUUGAACAGGCUCGACUCGGCACUCCCGUGGACAGGCCGGUGCGCGUCUACGCCGACGGGAUUUUUGAUCUUUUCCACUCAGGUCAUGCACGAGCCCUGAUGCAAGCCAAGAAUCUCUUCCCCAACACCUACCUGAUAGUCGGAGUGUGCAGUGAUGAACUCACUCACAAGUACAAGGGCUUCACGGUGAUGACGGAGGAGGAGCGUUACGAAGCGUUACGCCACUGCCGCUACGUGGACGAGGUGGUGCGAGAUGCUCCCUGGACCCUCACCCCGGAGUUUCUGGAGAAGCACAAGAUUGACUUUGUGGCUCAUGAUGAUAUCCCGUAUUCCUCGGCUGGAUCUGAGGAUGUCUACAAACAUAUAAAAGAGGCAGGGAUGUUUGUACCCACUCAAAGGACUGAGGGAAUUUCCACGUCCGACCUGAUCACUCGCAUCGUCAGAGAUUAUGACGUUUACGCCAGACGCAACCUGGAGAGAGGAUACACGGCCAAGGAGCUGAACGUCAGCUACAUCAAUGAGAAGAAGUACCGUCUGCAGAACCAGGUGGACCGGAUGAAGGAAAAGGUUCGGACAGUGGAGGAAAAGUCCAAACACUUUGUGUAUCGUGUGGAGGAGAAGAGCCACGACCUUAUACAGAAAUGGGAGGAGAAAUCACGCGAGUUCAUCGGCAACUUCCUGGAACUGUUCGGUCCUGACGGCACGUGGAAGCAGAUGUUUCAGGAGCGCAGUGGUCGGAUGAUCCAGGCCCUCUCUCCACGUGGUUCUCCCAGCAGCAGUCCUCCCAGGGAAUUCUCUCCAUCCCGUUCUCCCUCUCCUCCGUCCCGCUGGGCCAUGCCAAGAACCUCGCCUCCUCCAUCUCCUAAAGGAGCCUCGGCCUCUAUCAGCAGCAUGAGCGAGGGAGACGAGGACGAGAAAUGAGGAGAGAGGAGCGAGGAGCGAUGAGCGAGGACUCACUCACCUGAAACACACACCUUUCCUAUUUAUCUGCACACUCCAGCAGAGACGAACCUCACGUGUCUCCUCACGGGGAAAUAAAGUGUGUAAAUAUACAGCAUAUGCAAUACGAGAUCGGUCACAUUCUCCUCUCACUCCUCUGAUUUUAAACCCAGUUCAUAUUAAAGCCAUUGAUUUAUUCUCUUCAGCAGAGGAGAGAGAGAGAGAGAGAGAGAGAGAGAGAGAGAGAGAGAGAGAGAGAGAGAGAGAAAAGGCGAGGAGUGUGUGAGCGAUCUGCCUUUUCUUGCUCAGGUUCGACUGUAAAGACCGUCCUUGUGAAGUACUGUACAUCUCUGAGCUUUUUAAUCACACAAUUCAGGACGGAGACACUUGAAGCUCUUCAUUUUUGUGAGACGAUGUCUGUUAAUGUCCUCCAUAUCAUUAAAGGAACAAUUUGGACUAAAGAAAAACACAGAAUGUUCCUGAGGUUCUUCUUAACACCACAUGCAGUGGAUCAGCUGAGAUAUCAGUGUUCAUUGUCUGAUGUCUUCGUGGUCCACCGUUUCUCCAUUCCAGAAUUUCUCCAUUCUACACAAAUGGGUUUAAAGAAACGAAAGAAAAUCCAACACUGGUUGGUUCUGAUUCCACGUGGUGUGACGUUUCUUCAGUUCCCCCUCAAAGCAUUAGUUCUAACCUGCAAUUAGUUUCCACAAAUAACCGUGGUUUAAUCUUCUCCUGUCAUUUACAACCUCACAUUAAACUUGUGCAGAUACGGUAUGAAGAACACUAAAGUGCAGAAGGAAGUAGUGGAGAUCUCGGUGCUUCUGCUGAGAGUUUCUCGAUCCUUCAAGAUGGAGCCAUAAGGUUUAUUUACUUGUUAAUAACAUUAGCUUUUAUUUCAGGAUCGUUUCAGGAGCUAAACAAGUGCUGGAUUUAGAAAAGCCAUUUUAUUAAAAUAUAUUUAUAAUAAUAAUAAUAAUAUUGAUUGCAUAAUCAACAUCUGUCCUUCUAAAGUUAUUAUUACCUCCACAUCCUCCUCCUGCAUCCACAUUCGAUCAGAUCCGUGUCCAAAAUCAGGAAAAGUCAAAACUUUAAAUAGUUCAUUGUUUAAAACAUAAAAAAGUAACUGGCUGGUGUUGAUGGCGUGAGCGCUAAUGCUAACGUGCGAGCGAGACGUGUACUUGCACUGUGUACAGAUAAACAUCUGGUUAUUUUAUACCUGUAUCUUCUACUGACUUAAAAUGUAAAUGAAAAAUAAAUGAGCAGAGAAAGUGGA